CGACAACAUUGGCUUAGUUUAUCUGUCUCUUUCUUUCUUUCGGAUCGGCCCUAGGCAAGAUGCGUUCCGUCACAUUGAAGGAUGUUGAACAAGACAAGGUCGUCAAGACCGUAGCUGCCCACUUGAAAAAGAUGGGCAAGGUCAAAGUUCCAGAACACAUGGAUCUGGUAAAAACUGCCCGUUUUAAGGAAUUGGCACCCUACGAUCCUGACUGGUUUUAUGUACGCUGUGCUGCAAUUUUACGUCACAUCUACAUUCGCUCUCCAGUUGGUGUUAAGACUGUAACAAAGAUCUUUGGUGGUCGCAAACGUAAUGGUGUCACUCCUUCCCACUUUUGCAGAUCAUCAGGCAGUAUUGCUCGUAAAGCACUUCAGGCUCUUGAGGCCUUGAAGUUAGUUGAGAAAAUUCCUGAUGGUGGCCGGAUCCUUACUGUUCACGGAAGACGUGACUUGGACAGAAUUGCUGCACAAGUUCGUCUAAAGGCUAAACAAGCAGCCAAACAGAGUGUUAUUGUUCUUUUUAUACGAAUUACAGUCGAUGUCGGAUGGGCUUGGAUUUGCAGUGAUGACAAAAUGUUAGCGGCUUUAGGAUUUAAAAUUAGUUUUAUUGCUGUUGUGAAUAUAAUUUCGUGUGUACUAGCUGAACAGCAAUAUGAUCACCCGGCAGUUAAUCUUUACGUGGCAGAGCCACACAAUAAUCAUAAUCAAAAAAUAACUGUAAUAAACAGAAUUAUAGAUGAAAAUACUAGUGCGGCAUUGGAAAGAAAAAAACGCGAUGCGCCGACGACUCCGCCGCCACCAUUGGAAAAACAUAAGAAUAUAAGCUCAUGGACUACUCAUCUCAAUGAUGGUCAUCAGCAAUUAAUGGUCCAUUGGGUUGGAGAAGGCUCCGACGUAAUCAUCUGCCUGGCUAGAGAUUCCACUUCAAGGAACAAAGGAGUUGCUUCAUCAUCAGCGCUCUAUAUAUCUUAUGAUUAUGGAAAGAACUUCACUAACAAAACCGAGGUCUUUCGACUAGGAGAUGAAGCUGACAGUGGUUAUGCUCAACUGGAUAAGUUCUUCAAUCAUCCCAAAUACCCUGAGUUUUGUGUUUUCGUGGAUUCGACUAAUAAAAAAUUAUAUUACACCCAAGACAAUGGACGGACUAUACACAGAUCGGACCUCAGUUUCCAUCCUAGUGAACUUGCUUUUGAUGAGGAUAUUCCGAACAGAUACGUUAUAUUGGACAAGGUUAAUUCGACUCGUAAUCUCUACAUGACCUUGGACGGAGGAAAGACUUUCAAGAUGAUUCAGAGUUACGUUAAGAUGUUCUUCUGGCCGUCAGGACCUGGUUUCUCUAAGGUUUUCUAUGUUGAGAGAUGGAAGCCAGGCGGUAAUAGUACAGUGCUCAGUGUCAACGAUCCGACCAACAUGGCCAAUGCUCACGAGCUGUUUACGGAUGCCAAGGACUUCCAGAUAAAAGGGGAAUUUAUGUUUGCAACCAAACAAUCGAAAGAGAAAAACUCCUUAGAUCUCUACAUUUCCCAUCAACGAGGUCCAUUUUUCAAAGCAGAAUUUCAGACGGAGUUGGAUCUGAGCAAGUUUCACAUCGCAGAUGUAACUGACAAGCGUAUAUUUGUCUCUGUCAUGCACACGGAAAACCUGGCGAAUCUCUACGUAUCCGAAAUAAGCAGAAACUUCACUCAGUAUAACUUCGUGCUUAGCUUAGAACAUAUUUUGAGCUAUUUUCCCGAUGGAAAUUGGAAGGACAGUUGGUUGGAAGAUGUGACUGAAGAUCCUUUUACUGAUUUAUACCGCGUCGAAGGUUUGAAGGGUAUAUACAUCGCGUCUAAAGUUAACUUCAAAACUCAAGCGUCAAACAUAGAGCCGGAGCAUUUGGUGUCACUCAUAACAUUCGACCACGGAGUCACGUGGUCGCCUAUCAAACCACCGACUGAAGAUGAAAAUGGAAAGCCGCUCAACUGCCACAUAGAGAACUCCUGCCGUUUACAUUUGUGCCAGAAAUUCAGCCAGUUGUAUCCAGUUACAAGCCAACCAGGAAAAGUGAUAAACAAUGAUAUGAGAUCAGCAAGUAUAAUGAGUUCUAAAUCAGUGCCUGGAGUUAUAAUGGCGACUGGGGUGUUGGGGAAGUCUCUGAAAGGCAUACCCGGAGUUUACCUCAGUAGGGACGCUGGCCUCACGUGGAAAAGAAUACUGAAAGAUUAUUAUUUCUUCAAUUACGGUGAUCACGGUGGAGUACUUGUAGCUGUCAAGUAUUUCAAGUCAAGGGGGGAGACCAGGAGAAUCUUGUAUUCGACUAACGAGGGUCUGGAGUGGAAUUCCUAUCAGUUUAAUAGUGACGAUCUACGCAUAUACGGACUUAUGACGGAGCCAGGCGAGAAUACAACUACGUUUACAAUGUUUGGCUCCGAGAAUGCGCAACAUCAAUGGAUUAUCAUUACUAUUGACUUGCUAAACACUUUCCCACGUAAUUGUACGGAGGAUGAUUACAAAUUUUGGUCUCUAACCUCGCCUAAUUCGACGGUGUCCUGCGUUCUCGGGACAAGGGAUACGUUUCAACGACGUCUCGCGCAUACUAACUGCUACAAUGGUGUUGGAUACGAAAGACCGGUUAAAAAGGAAGUCUGCGAAUGUAGUAGACGGGAUUACGAAUGCGAUUUUGGAUUCGUACUCUCUCAUAACGUCUGCAUCCGUAAUCAAAGUCUAAACUAUGAUCCAUAUGCAGUUUCACCGGAUUGUCGACCGGGUACUUCCUACUAUCGAACCAAGGGCUACAGGAAAAUUGAUGGCGAUAUGUGCAGAAUAUCGUAUUAUAUGCCCUACGAGCCUGAAAUGGUACCUUGUCCAUUAGAAGAGCCAACAGAGUUUAUUUUGGUCGCAUUAAGAGACAAAAUAGCGAGAAUCGAUUUAUCAGAUAAUUCGACCGUAAUACCAGUACAAGGUCAGAGAAAUAUAGUUGCAAUUGAAUUCGAUAUGAAAAAUAACUGUAUUUAUUGGGCUGAUAUCGAAGUUGAUAAAAUUAGCCGGCAAUGCUUCGGCAACGGUAAUGCGCAAGAGGUAGUCGUCGAUACCGACUUAGCUAGUAUAGAAGGUAUGGCUUUAGACUGGAUCUCGAACGUUCUAUUCUUUGUAGACGGUAUGCGCAAGAAAAUCGAAGCGGUACGAACUGAUCUUACAAGUCAAGGUAGAAUGAGAGCUACAAUAUUGAACUCGACGAUUCUCUCCAAACCUCGUGGUAUCGCUGUUCAUCCUCGAGCUGGAUAUCUGUUUUGGACAGAUUGGGAUCGUUACAGCCCGUCCGUUUCUAGAUCGAAUCUCGAUGGUACGGAUGUCAAGAAGCUGUUCACGAGGCCCAUUGUGCAAUGGCCUAAUGGUAUUACUAUCGAUCAAAUGGCAGACAGGAUAUAUUGGGUAGAUGCGAUGGAAGAUUACAUUGCAAGUGCUGAUUUAAAUGGACAAUACUUUAGGAGAAUAUUAUGGAACGAUGACAAAGUCUCACAUCCGUUCGCUGUUGCCGUUUUGAAAAACAAAAUGUAUUGGGAUGACUGGAAAGCAAAGUCCAUUUUUAUAGCCGAUAAGGACACAGGAGCCAACAUUGUUACGAUAAACGAUAAUUUAUCUGGAUUGAUGGAUCUUAAGGUUUUCGCUUAUUUCAUGCAACAUGGAACCAAUGCAUGUUCAUAUAAAAAUACGAGUUGUAACACAUUGUGUCUCGGUGGGCCCGGUAACAGCUUCAGCUGUCUCUGUCCCGAUGGGUUUAAAAGGAUUAACGGAAAAUGCAUGUGUCCGAAUGGAAUGGAACCAGCACCGAACAUGACUUGCCCGAAGCAAGCCGGCACUUGUGCUCCGCACGAGUUCACGUGCAAAAACGGCAUGUGUAUAACGAGCACGUGGCGCUGCGACGGCAACGACGACUGCGGCGACCUGUCGGACGAGGCGGGCUGCCUGUGCGCGCCGCCGCUCGUGGCGUGCGACGACGACGCGCACUGCUACCUGCCGCCCUGGCGCUGCGACGGGGACAUCGACUGCGUGGACAUGAGCGACGAGAAGGAUUGCAGUAAAAAAAAUUGUAGCGAAACUCAAUACCAAUGUGCGAAUGGAAACUGUAUCGAGAAGAGGUGGGUCUGUGACGGAGAUAAUGAUUGCAAGGACGGCUCGGACGAACGCAAUUGCACGCAAAAUUUACCAAAACGACCUGAAUCAAUGAGUUGUGAUUCCCAUGCGUUCCGAUGUAACGACGAUACCAACCCAUUAUGUAUCCCCGACUCGUGGGUGUGUGACGGAGAGAGGGACUGUCUCGGCGGAGAUGAUGAAACCGAAGAGAGAUGUAGAAAUUCCACAUGUGCACCCUACAUGUUCAGAUGUCCCAGUGGGAAAUGUAUCUUUAUGUCUUGGGUCUGUGACGGCGAAAACGACUGCAGCGACGUACAAAUGUCUGACGAAAUUAAUUGUGCUUCUAUCGGUCAUACGAAAUUAAUACCUCGACCCAGCACAGAACCGCCGAAUUUCUCAAACAAUGGGUCAUGCUUGGACUGGAUGUUCAAGUGUCACAAUGGCAACUGUUUGCCAUACUGGUGGAGGUGCGACGGUAUCGAUGACUGCGGGGAUGCCUCAGACGAAUUAGCCUGCGGCUUUGUAGUUCCAGAGAAACCGAUAGUCAGCCCAGAACACGACGCCACUAAACAUAAAUGCUCCAAGAAUCAGUUCACUUGUGCUCCUGGCGUGUGCAUCCCGCUGUCGUGGGUGUGCGACAAGAUGGCGGACUGCGCGGACGGCGCGGACGAGCGCGGCUGCCCCGCGGCGGCGGGCGGCGCGGCGCGCUGCCCCGCCGACAGCACGCCGUGCGCGGACGGGCGCGCCUGCGUGCGCGACGACCAGCUGUGCGACGGCGUGCCGCAGUGCGCCGACCGCAGCGACGAGGCCUACUGCGGCUCCAAACACAAAAGUGGUGGGAACUGCCCUUCGCGAUACUUCCAGUGCGAUGAUGGUCGGAAGUGUCUUUGGCAAGUUAAGGUGUGCAACGGUGUACAGGACUGUUACGAUGGCAGCGAUGAAGUGAAUUGUACGAAUGAGGCGAAACAAUCACAAUUUUAUCAGUUUCUGAGUAUCGGAGUCGAUCAGACUUCUAUAAAUUCUUCGAGUUUCUUAAUUUCGUGCUGGUUAGCUCAGCAGAAGUCGGUCCUCUACAGCUUCUUGCCGUCAAUAGCUAAAGUAAGCGAUGGUGUUUGGAAGAACAUGACUUGGACUAACGACAGUGUUUACAGGUUUAUGGAUUUAGAGUCGUAUACGGAAUACAACGUGACCGUUUAUGUAAAGGACAGCAAAUCAAACAAGGUCUAUCCAUCCAUGAAAUAUGUUAGCACCAGGACUGGGGAAGGAACGCCGUCGGCCCCGCGGCGCGUGUCGGUGCGCCAGCUGGUGGGGCGGCGCGUGAGCGUGCUGUGGGACGCGCCCGCGCGCCCGGCCGGCGAGCUGCAGCGCUACACCGUGUACUACGUGCCGCCGCUGCCGCCCGUCGAGACCGCGGUGCCGGCGCCCGACAACUACCAGUCCGUCUCCGUCGUGCUCGAGGGUUACUUCAAGCCCAACACCAAUUACUCCAUCUGGGUGACGGCUACCAACAAUGCGAUGACGUCCGAUUCGACGGAGAUCUGCAACAUAACGUUCGACGACGCCGGCGACGUAGACGACAUCGUGAACGCUAGCAUGUCCCUUCUCGGUCCCACCUCCGUGUCCUUGCAGUGGCACAAGCUGAGGGGGGUGGAGGGGUACAUAGUGCAACCGAGAUUGCCAUUCCAGUAUCCGAAACUAGAAGCGAUAAAAACUAAGGAUAACAAAGUUAACAUCACAAAUCUACCGCCUGGCGUGAAACUAUUUAUCGACAUAAAAGCGUUCAAGAACACGACCGUCGGCGACCCGUUCACCAUUCCACUCGUGACGGGGGGAGCUCCAGACGAGACACUAAACGUGACUGCGGUGUUGCUGAAAGAGAAACGGACUUCUGUACAACUCACGUGGACCCCUCCGAUCAGCGAGCGAUACAAGAAUAAGGAGCUCGAAUACGAAGUGCAUUAUGCGAACGUAAUGAAGUGGAGGACUAAUCACACUCGUAUCGUGACGAAGAAAACGAGCGUGCUGGUGGAGGGGCUGCAUGCGUGCGAGACCUACGUGUUCUCGGCCGCUCUGCGCGGGGGGCCGCUGGCCGGCCUCAAGGAGAUCGUCACGAGGGAGAAUCCCAAGGCUCCCGUUAAGAAUUUGAACUAUGCCUAUGACACAAAGAAAGAAUUUCAUAUCUUCUGGAAUGCAAAUUGCGACAUCAUUAGAGAACCAAUUGCUUACAGGCUGGACUUAACGGAGUUAACGCAAAACCGAGUGAGUCGCUACGAGCUGCGCGCGAGUGAGAACGUUUCCCUUGCACACGUCGUGCGGGACGUGCCGCUCGGCGCUCGGUUUAACAUCUGUGUUUGUGCGUCGGUGAAGGGCGCGGCUUGGACGUGCGUGGAGGCGCGCGCGGGCGACGUGGAGCCGCCGCGCGCCGUCAUGGCGUGGUUGUCGCCCAACGGACACAUCAUGGUCAGCUGGCAGCACCCCGACGACAACAGCUCCGUGCGCAAACACAAGUACCAAAUCCUAGUAUCACAAAAGGAGAUUCCCGAGGACAUCCUCCACCCGACCGAGGACAUAAAGACAGCGGAAGCGGAGUUCUCCCCGCUCAUAAUGACGGCCGACAGCACCCCGAGCGGCCCGCUGUACGUGAGCGUGCGCGCGGUGACCCAGGACGGCUACUACAGCGACCUGAGCGAGGUGCUGAGCAUGGAGGGCGCGGAGGCGGCGGAGGCGGCGAGCGCGUGGCGCGCGGGCGCGGCGUGGUGGGGCGCGGGCGCGGCGUGCGUGUGCGCGCUGGCGCUGGGCGCCGCGCUGCUGCACGCCGCGCUGCGCCACCGCCGCCUGUCGCACUCGCUGCUGCGCCUCGCCGCCACGCCGCGCUACGACAGCCGCCGCGGGCAGGCCACCAUCGACCACGAUGACGACGACGUGCCUCCCAUCCACGGAUUCUCAGACGACGAGCCGCUCGUGAUAGCCUGAGCUGAAUGUGAUAGACGAUCUUGUCGUUACCGGGUAUCAUGGCUUGAGUUUAUGACACGCUGCUACCAAACGUUACAGAUAUGAAAAGUUCUUCAAUACUAAAAAUCGAGUCAUUUUUAGCUUUACAUCAUAAAUUGUUGAAUGACCAAUCACAAUAUUAGAUUUCAAGACAUAUUCUAUAAUUUCAUAAAUUAACAAUUAUAUCUUGUUAACCGUCUUAGCGGCCAGUAUCUAGCUAUGAUACCAAUUCUUUAGUAUUGCGUACAUAUUUAUUAUCUGUAUUAAAUGUUAUAAACGAAAGAAUUUGUGCAUUUGUCAGUAAUUGUUUUUAUUAUUAUGUGGUUGUCUUUAUCUAGAUAUAAUUGUAGCCACAGUUCACAAAUAUUUUGUCGUACUAUUCUCUAAUUAAAAUUAUGCAUUGUCAUAAUCAACACAUUUUAAUAAAAAAAUUGUAAAUUCGUGAUUUUAUGUAAGUAUACUAAAAAUGCUCAGAGUAUUAAUAUAUUUUUUUUAAGAUAUAAAUAGAUCAUAUAAAUCGAAAUUGUUAUUUUUUUUUACAUUAAUUUCAGUGUUAAUAACUAAAUUAAACGUACAUAAAAAUACAUGAAAAAAAAUUAGAAAUAAAAAAAUAACAGCUGAAGUCGUCUUAUGAAAUUUAAACUUGUUUAUUUAUUUUUAAUUUUAAAUGGCUGUUAUUGUUAUGAAAUGAAUCGAUUCUCUAGUUAUUAAUAAUAAGGAAAAGCUUAUUCGAUUUCGUUUUUAUUUCGACAUACUUGCCACAUUUAAAGUUCGACACCAAAGAUCUCUAUAUAAAGAUAUAAUGUACAACGUAUUGUAUAUAAAGCUUUGUACAGACAUAACGAACGACUAACUUACAUAAUUAAAUAUUUGCGGGAAAAUAUUUAAAUUGGUAAAAAAUAUUUGUAUUGAAAUUAGUUCGCUAUAUCUGUACCUAGCGUAAUUAUUAUUGUAAAUCGCAUUGUGUUGAACAACGUUAUUAUGUAAGGUAGGUCUCGACAUUCCUCAUGUUUCGUGAAUAGUUUUAAUUCCUAGUUCCUUUAGUAGAAAUGUUUAAUAUCCCCGCGUUCUCUUAUGUAAGUAAGCAUUCCAUGAAAAUUAAUAUUGUCAUAAAAUUAUAAUUAAUUAGCUUAUUAGGAUCAAUACUUUUUACGAAUAUUAAAUUUCAUGCGGAUGCUUAAAAUGUGUAUUUAAUGUUUUCGAGCGAUAAAAUUAAAUAAACUAUAAAGGAAAAUAAA